AUGGAAUCUUUUUCUCUUGCUCUUUUGGCGUUUGACCGUUUUAUUGCGAUCUGUUGGCCUCUGCGUUACUCUACCAUAAACACCAACCUGAGAAUGCUGGUCAUAAUAGUAGGGAUUUGGUCUCUAGUGUUCUGCUUGAGAUUUUCCCAGUCAUUUUUGCAGCAAGACUCUUACUGUAGCUCGAGAGAGGUAAACAGCUGCUGUUGUGAACACGGCCCUGUCUAUAAACUGGCUUGUACAGACAUUUCCUACAACCGAUAUCUGGCUACAGCUAAGACUCUGACUGUUUUACUAGGCCCUUUGACUUUUAUUAUUUUCACGUAUGUGAUUGUAGUGGCUGCUGUGACACGGAUUGCAUCAGUAUCACAGCGCUGGAAGGCCUUUCACACCUGUUUCACUCAUCUGCUGCUGGUGCUACUCUAUUAUAUGCCUGUCAUUCUAGCAUAUAUACUAGGGAACCUGCGAUUAGUUCAGAAUGAGGAUCUUUUCACAGCAAUUCUGACUGUUUCUGUUACCAUGCCACCAAUGCUGAACCCCAUAAUAUACAGCUUAAAGACUGACGAACUCCGAGACAAGAUAGUCAAGCUUCUGGGAAAGACAAAAGUAGCACAACAGAUCAUUAAAAAUGAGGCCAGUGGUUAA